GAAGCGCUGACCACCGAGCGCGCGCUCCCGCGUUUCUAAACUCCCGCGAAGUUCGUGAGUCUCUCGCCUUCCGGCCCCAUCGCCGCGCUUGCGCUACGCGGCCGCGUCCCGUCCCGUCCCGUCCCGCCGCAGGCUCACGGGUUCCAGGGCGCGCCGGCCAUGUGCUCCUUGGCGUCGGCCCUCACGGGCCGCCGGGGCGCCGCGGACGGGGAGCCGCCGGAGCUGGGCUCGGACAGCGGGGACGACGCCUGGGAGGACGACGACGGCGAAGCUGGAGCCGCCCUCGACCUGCGCCACACGCCCUGCUUGUUCUGCCACAGGCUGUUUACGUCCGCCGAGGAGACCUUUUCGCACUGUAAAUGUGAGCAUCGCUUCAGCAUUGGGGACAUGGUCCAUAAACACGGACUUGAAUUUUAUGGAUACAUUAAACUAAUAAAUUUUAUUAGACUUAAGAAUCCUACAAUCGAGUAUUUGAAUUCCAUAUGCAACCCAGUGCCUUGGGAGAAAGAAGAGUACUUGAAGCCAGUGUUAGAAGAUGAUCUUUUGCUUCAGUUUGAUGUAGAAGACCUUUAUGAACCGGUGUCUGUCCCAUUCUCAUACCCCAAUGGACUCAGUGAAAAUGCAUCUGUUGUUGAAAAAUUGAAACACAUGGAAGCCAGGGCACUGUCUGCUGAAGCUGCAUUAGCUAGAGCACGUGAGGAUCUGCAAAAAAUGAAACAAUUUGCUCAGGAUUUUGUGAUGAACGCAGAUGUCAGAACCUACUCGUCAUCAACUACUGCCAUUGCAAACCUUCAGGAUGAUGAGGAUGGCGUUUAUUUCAGCUCCUACGGGCACUAUGGGAUCCAUGAAGAAAUGCUAAAGGACAAAGUACGAACAGAAAGUUACCGAGAUUUUAUAUAUCAAAACCCACAUAUCUUUAAAAACAAGGUAGUUUUGGAUGUUGGUUGUGGAACUGGGAUUCUUUCUAUGUUUGCUGCUAAAGCUGGGGCAAAGAAGGUUUUUGCAGUAGAUCAAUCUGAAAUACUUUACCAGGCAAUGGACAUUAUAAGAUUGAAUGGAUUGGAAGAUACUAUUACACUAAUUAAAGGAAAAAUUGAAGAAGUUCAUCUUCCUGUAGAGAAAGUGGAUAUUAUAAUAUCCGAGUGGAUGGGCUACUUUCUUCUUUUUGAGUCUAUGUUAGAUUCUGUACUUUAUGCAAAGAAUAAAUACUUGGCAAAAGGAGGAUCGGUUUACCCUGAUAUUUGCACUAUCAGCCUUGUGGCAGUAGGUGAUGCAGAUAAGCACGCCGAUAGAAUUUCUUUUUGGGAUAAUGUUUAUGGCUUCAAUAUGUCCUGCAUGAAGAAAGCGGUUAUCCCAGAAGCUGUUGUGGAGGUUGUAGAUGCAAAGACUCUUAUUUCUGCUCCUUGUAGUAUUAAGCAUAUAGAUUGCCAUACAACAUGUAUCGCAGAUUUGGAAUUUUCUUCAGAUUUUACCCUGAAAAUCACAAAGACAUCUUCAUGCACGGCAGUUGCUGGCUACUUUGAUAUAUAUUUUGAGAAGAAUUGCCACAAAAGUGUCAUGUUCUCUACGGGCCCUGAGAAUACCAAAACACACUGGAAGCAAACAAUAUUUCAGUUGGAAAAGCCAUUUUCAGUAAAAGCAGGUGAAGCAUUGAAGGGAAAGAUCACAGUCCACAAGAACAAGAAAGAUCCGCGUUCUCUCAUUGUGACCCUCACAUUGAACAACUCCACUCAGACUUACGGGCUUCAAUGAAGGGGGAAACACACACACAAGCACACACAAAAGUCAUAAAAGCACAAGUUAUCUGAUGGGGGAGUGGGGAGUGGCUGGAGCCGGGGGCUUUAUAUGAGUCCCCAGCUGUGGUGGAUUCUUUCCUCAUUAGUCCCCUCAAGACUCACCGCUAAGCAUCUAAUGUAAAUGAGCCGAGGAAGGGAACCAUCUAGUACUCGUGGUCCACCUGUGUUGUUCUUGGAAGUUUGGCCAGCCAGGUAGAUCUCAGCAAAUGUAACUCCUACAUGGAGUUUAGACAUACUGGGGAGGGAGAAAAUGGUCUAAAUUAAAGAAUAGUCUUUGUCAUCUUUUACUAUACUAGUGGCCAUAUAAUAAUUAUUACACACUUUAUUGCAGAUUUCCUGCUUUUCUGAGCAAUGGGUUUAACACUAUGAUCUGGUAGAGUAUCAGGACAUCAUAGAUUAUAAACAAAUGUGAGCUAAAAUUCGGGAAACAGGUUUGGUUUUUUAAUUAUCUUUAUUUAUUGGGUAGAGACAGAAAUUGAGAGGACGGGGGACAAAUAGAGGGAGACACCUGCAGCCCUACUUAACCACCCAUGAAGUAUUCCCCCUGCAGAUGGGGACCAGGGACUUGAACCCCCCUUGCACACUGUAGUGUGUGCGCUUAAUCAGGUGCGCCACCACCUGGUCCCGGGAAACAAGUUUUGCUCUUACACUGAUCAUAUUGAAAAUCGUUGAACUGCUUGUCCUGAUUAGUAUGUUUCUAGUCUCAUUCUGUAGUUUCUUCCAUCUUGGAAAUAAGUCAGAACUUUAUUUUGCCCAGGUUAUUUAAUUUCAAAAUAUUUAUCGCAGGUUUCAUAAGUUUUUAGAGAUUAAAAUAAACAAGUUCUUGAUAUCUUUUCCAAAUUAGCUUUAUAUGCAAAAUUAGAUAUAAUUGGUAAUAUAUUUACUUUAGUCUAUCAAGUUACAUGUAAUGCAAGGUUAUUUGCUGAGUUUGAAAUGCUAAAUGAAAAACAUUCAAUACAGUGUAUUAAAUAUUAGUGGUAUAAACUUAUUUUGGGUCCAGGUAGUGGCACACCUGGCUAAGUGCACACAUUAAAGUGCACAAGAACACAGAUCAAGCCUCUAGUCCCCACCUGCAGGGGGAAAGCUUCACACGUAGUAAAGUAAGGAUGCAGAUGUCUCUGUCUCUUUCCCUCUCCUUCUCCUCUCAAUUUUUAUCUGUCUCUAUCCAAUAAUAAAAAAAUUCUUCUAAAAAAAAAAGCAAUUGCUGCUUGCAGAUGCUGCAAAAAAAGAAAAAGACCUGUUACUUUAAUAAUUUGGUAUUUUUAAAUUCAGAAUUUCAGUAUAUAUUAAAGGAAUAGUUUUUAAGAAGAUACUGAUUUUUGAGGCCAGGCAGUGGAAUACUCAGUAAACCAGACAUGUCACCAAGCUUGAGGACCCAGAUUCAAGCCUGUUGUCCCCACCUGUAGGAGGAAAGCUUCAUGAGCAGUCAAGCAGUGUUACAGGUGUCUCUCUCCUUUAUUUCCCUCUUUCCUCUUGCUUUCUUGCUGUCUCUGUCCAAUAAAUAAAAAAACAGAAAUAGUGAUUUCUGUACUUUUUUUUUAAGUGAUUUAAUAUUGAUUUACAAAAUUAUGAGACAGCAGGGGUAUAAUCCACACCAUUUCCACAAGCAGAGUUCUGUGUUUCUGUCCCCUCCACUGGAAACUGCAGUAGCUCUCCCCAGGUCACAGAUAGGGCUUGACUUAUUUCUGUAUCUGUAUAUUGAUAUGUAUUUGCUCAUUUCUUCCAUAGUCCUGUGUUCUCCCUUGCAAACCUACACCCACUGCCACUUGGGAAUGUCCUUUUUUCCUCUGACUCUGGAAGUAUAGACCACAAUUCUUUAUUAGGUGUAGAAGGUGGGAGUUCUGGCUUCUGUAAUUGCUUCUCCAGUGGACAUGGGCGUUGGCAGGUGGAUCCAUACCCCCAGCCUAUUUCUGUCUUUGCCUAGUGGGGCAGGGGUCUGGGCAGGUGGUGCUCCAGGGCACAUUGAUGAGGGUAUCUGCCUAGGGGAGUCAGGGUAGAAUCAUAGUAGCAUCUGCAGCUUGGUGGCUGAAAGGCAGUAAGAUACAAAGCAAAGGGCCCGUGACUGCAGUGAGGUGGCCUCGGGUGCAGUGAAGCAGGGCUGCAGCUUUUCUCUCCACCCUGCCUUCUCAAUUUCUCUUUGCGAUAUAAAAAUAAACUUUAAAUCACGACUGUUGACAACCCCAAUACCUUAGAUCAGAUUGAGGACGUCUUCCUCAUCAAGUAGUAGAUCACGUUGGGUUGUGGAAUAGUGUUUCUUCAUUCGAGAUUUUGUUAUAAUGGUGAUAAGGAAAAAUGGAUUGAAUCAGGAUGCUUUCUGUGGACCUGCUUUCAUUGCCAGUUUCGGAAACCUGUCAGAGGCCCUGGCCUAGGUGAGAACUUAACUGCUACUCCAGUGCUUGAAUGGAAGAAAGGACUUGGAGCAGAAGUUCUUUGAAAGAUUGCAUAUGUGGGGCUUGGGCAGGGCAGUCUUUACUAGAAAACAGCUUCUAUAGGGCCCAGUGGUAAAAGUCACAGUAGACUAGGGUGGGGGCCAGGCGGUGGCGCACCUGCUUAAACACACAUGUUAAAAGUGCACAAGGAGCUGGGUUCAAGCCCCUGGUCCCCACCUGCAGGGGGAAGGCUUCACAAGUGUUGAAGCAGAGCUGCGGGUGUCUCUGUCUCCCCCUCCACUCUCAAUUUCUCUCUGUCACUAUCCAGUAAAUAAAAUUUUUUUAAAAAUUACAGUAGACUAGGGUAAUAUAAAUACUCAUAAAACCUUUCAUAGGAGGGGCCCGGGCGGUAGUGCCGCGGGUUAAGCGCAGGUGGCGCUAAGCGCAAGGACCAGCAUAAGGAUUCCAGUUCCAGCCCCUGGCUCCCUACCUGCACGGGAGUCGCUUCACAAGCGGUGAAGCAGGUCUGCAGGUGUCUUUCUCUCUCUCCCCCUCUGUCUUCCCCUUCUCUCUCCAUUUCUCUGUCCUAUCCCACAACAACAGCAGUAACCACAACAACAAUAAAAAAAGUCAACAAGGGCAACAAAAGGAGAAAAAAAUAGCCUCCAGGAGCGGUGGAUUCAUAGUGCAGGCACUGAGCCCCAGCAAUAACCCUGGAGGCAAAAAAAAAAAUAAAAGUUUCUAGGUUUUUUGUUUGUUUGUUUUUUUAUUAGCUACCAGGGUCAUUGUUGAGGCUUGGUGCCUACAAAAUUGAUCCUACGUUUUUUCCUUCCCUUACUUGAUAGGAUAGAGAGAAAUUGAAAUGAAACAGGCAUAGAGAGGGACAGAAAGAAACACGGAUACACUGGUAGUACUUGCUUCACAUCUUGUGAAGUUUUCCCCCUUGCAGAUGGGGGGCAGAGGCUGGACCAUGGGUCCUUGCACGUGGUAACCUGUGCUGCUUGCACAUGGAACAUGUGUUGUCUAACCAGGUGGGUCUGGCAACCAGGAGCACGAGGUCUUUGUAACUUGAGUAAACCUUAGUGCUGUCCAAAAUUAUGUGCUUUCUGUAUAUGCUCUUGAAAUCAUCUGUUGGAAGUUUGGUUAAAUGGGUGACUAAGAAGUGUUUAAUGACCAUUUGUAAUCUAAUUUAGCCAAGUAUAUUUAAAUUGUAAAGUCCUUUGCUAUAUACAGAAGUUAUUAUUUACUCUAAUGUUUUCACCAGUAUAUUUCAUGUUCAGAGAAAUUAAUGGAAGACUUGGACUCUAGACUACAAGGUUAUCAUAAGGCCAAGCUAGGUAAGAAUUUUCAGUGUUCAUAGAGAAACUAGAUUAAUUACAUGGGCCAAAUGAACUAAUAAGGCUGGUCCUAAUUUUUAUUUAUUUAUUUGAAUUGUUAAAUGUUUGCUUUGUAUUUAAAAUUUAAUGUAAUUUUAAUUCAUGAUCCCCAUAAGAAGUGCAGCAAAAAUAUACUUGAAAGAUCCUAAGAUACUCAGUAUAACUUGAGAAAGUAGCUUUUACUUCAGAAAGAAACAAAUACCCUUUUUUCAAGCGUGUGUGUGCAUAUAGUCUUCUUAUGUGGAACUUGCUGGUCUCUUGAACAACAAAGAAAAUUGGUCCGAUUCAGAAAAUAAUUCUUGUUUAAAAUAACAUGUUCAUAACUUUCAACUUGUGUCUGACUCUGUGCAUGAUGCCUUCGGAGUUAUUUUCUGUUUGAAUGAAAGACACCCACAAUAGUGGUAUUUGUAUAGUUUACGCUUAAAAGCAAUGGAGUAAUCAAAUAAUUCAUAUUUUUGUGCUGUGGUUUUUCUGUUGAACUAUUGUAGUAUAAUGUCUUAUGUUUCCAGUCUAGCUGGAGAGAAGGCUCUUAGGCAUUCUCGGCCCAUCCUUGUAUGAUUAGGAUUCCUGGAGCCCUUUCUCUUAGUAAAAAAAGUAAUGUGGAUUCCAAAUAUGGGGAAAUUAUCCAAUUGAAAAUCUAACCUCCCAUCUGACAAAGCCAAUGACCUGUGAUAUUGGCUUUGCCUGGUGGUGGCAAACCUGGUUAAGCAGACAUAGUACUUACAUUGCAAGGAUCCGGGUUUGAGAUCCCGCUCUCCACCUGCAGUAGGGAUGCUUCACAAUUAGUGAAGCAGGUGUUUAUCUUUGUCCUGUCAAGGGAGGAAAAAUUGGGUGCCAGGCGUAGUGGACUCAUAGCAGCGUCAGAUACUGAAUGUUCUGAAGAAACCAGUUGCUGGAGAUGUGCUUUGUAGUAAGAUCUGUUACCAGUAAAUCUGUUUCCAUCUACUAUUCUGAGGAUGUAAUCAGCUAUAUAGAGGAGAGUCAAGAGGAAACCAAGCUGAGAGGCAAGAAACGACCUGUUUAACCAAUGCUGGCACCGGGGAUUUAAAAAAAAAAAAAAAAGCAGGGGCUGCAGUGGCCAGAGCUUUGGGGUCAAGGUCUGAAAAGUGAGUCCAAGCAUCACGUCCUGGAAUGAUCUGGAUCUGUAGUAGAGAACAAUAAAGCUUGUUCAUGUUUUGAGGGGGGAAAGAAGUAACUUUAACAUGGUAUUAUUACUAUGCAGAUCUGUAGUAUUGAGAAUAAUAAAGCUUGUUCAUGUUUUGAGGGGGGAAAGAAGUAA